AUGGACGUUCCGCUGAUCGGCUGUGCUAGCCAUCGCCUAAACCGAGCGGUCGCUGCACAGCUGAAGGAGCAUGCAGAUGAUCUUGACUUGGUCCAGACCCUAAUGUUGAAACUACGCACGUUGACACAAUCCGCAGAACUACGAUUAAAGACAAGUCUCCGACCAAUCACUCGCCAGCAAACACGAUGGGGUUCCACUUUUGCCAUGCUCAAUCGUUUUUUCGAGCUCCUCCCGUUUCUGGACGCUGACGAUGAAGAGCUCGCGGUGCCGCUGCCCUCGCACGGGGUAAAGAGGCGUCUGAAGAACCUUCUUGGUGAGCUGAAGGACGUUGAGUCCGUAUCCAAGGCGCAGCAGGGCGGUGAAGUCAACCUGCUUGAUGUGCGAGUGUGGUUCGACGGUCUCAUCGCAAAAAAGGAGUCGUAUUCCACCUAUCUAGAGUUCGAGUCCGGCUGUGUCCGGUUGCUGAAGGGCCAAGCGCUGCGCUUGACCCGGGGUGAAAAGGCGGCGCUGGAGGCUUUUGGCGUCAGUCCCGUUGCGCAAGGUGAGCGACAGGGUGAUGACGACGAGGCGGGAGCCUCGUUCGUUGAGCGCCUUCGAAAGCAUCGCCGCCUGGAGCAGUACCAACCAGCUUAUGAGCUGCUGAGUCGGAUUCCGCCGACCUCGAACGUUGUCGAGCGCUUUUUCAGCGUCGCUCGAACAACGUUCGGGUUGCAACGGCACUCUCUGCUGCCGUAUACGCUGGAAAUGCUUCUGUUCCUGCGGCAAAACGAGAGAUUUUGGGAUGCCCUCUUCCAGCAAGCGGAGUGUUGGAACACACAGGCUGCAAACGGGUUGUCGCCUGAUGACACGGGGAAAGUGCUACCAACCGCCGCACUAAUCGAUGCGGGCUGCACCAACGUGUUGCUGUCUAUCACAGGCAGCAUUACCGACGGAUCGUUCGCGGCUGACCUGGUAGCAGUUGUAUUGGGCGGUGUCGAAGAUCGAGAUGUAGGUGAGGACGUUGGGCUAAGCUCCAGCUUUUCUUACGCGAGUGUGCCAUGGUCGACGUUGGCUUGUAGUGUGGCUUCAAAGGCCAUUUGGAAAGUGAGCUUAAAGUCCAUUACAGGUUAG